UGUUUUGAAUUUAGUGUUGCACCCGGGUUUCUUUCGGAUCGGGUCGGUCUGCCAGGCCCAACCCACGACAAGAAAACUCCAAAGAAAGUCCCAAACAAAUGAAGAAUCCAGCAACAUCAGCACCUCUGCGUGUCUGCCUCACAGUCAGAGCCUCAGUUCCUCUACCCCCUGGCAGUUCGCCAUCACCGGCGACAACCAGGCGCCAGAGCCGCCGCCUUCCUUUCUUCCUCUAUCAUACUUCAUCAUCAGCCGCCAACUCUCCUCUCACCAUUCUCCACGUUCCUCACGUUGCUGACCUGUCUGUGUUCACCUCUUCGGCUCUUCCUCAUGUGGCCGCCGCCGUCUGAAAUAGCACCUGCAGUUCGAAGAAAUUGUGGGUGGGACAGAGGCCUGUAAAGCUAUUAGUUUUGGAUUUAAGACUCCUAGAGAUGCUAUUCAAGGAACUUACAUUAACAAGAAAUUCCCAUCCACCGCCACCAUUUCCAUCCAAGGUUGCAUUGUUGCUGGUAUUUGCCACAGUGCCAAAAUGACCAAGAUUCGUCGCAACUAUCUUCAUUUCAUUCAGAAAUACCAAAGGCAAGGCUUUUCUACCUUUCUGUAGGCGUUUUGAAAUAGAACAAAUGAAUAGGGCAAUUAAGGUUUCAAAUAAAGACAAGAGCUUUGGGAGCCUUGUAGCGAAGUGUGAAUUGCUAUUGCGAAGAUAUUCAGCAUCUCACUCACUUUCUGAGACCAAAAAGCUUCAUGCCUUCAUCCUCACCCUUGGCCUUCUCUCCUCUUCUGAUUUUUGCUCAAUGCUUUCCACAAGCUACGCCCAAUGCAGCCAUGCUUCCUAUGCAUCCCACCUGUUUGAUAAUUUGCCCCGACGGAGCUUGUUCUCCUGGAACACCAUGAUGAGGAUGUAUGUUCAAAUUGGAAGACCCCACAAUGCUCUUAACUUGUUUGCCGAAAUGCUUGAUUCGGACCAUGUUGCGCCUGACAAUUUCACAUACCCAAUAGUCAUCAAGGGUUGUAGUGAUUUGUCCUUGUUUGAUAUGGGUGUUGGAGUUCAUGGUCGGACAUUGAGGGUCGGGUUUGAUUCGGACACAUUUGUCCAGAACUCUUUGCUGGCGAUGUAUAUGAAUGCUGGGGAGAAAGAGGCGGCCCAGCUGGUUUUUGACUUGAUGCAGCAACAAACUGUGGUGUCUUGGAAUACAAUGAUUAACGGGUACUUUCGGAAUAAUUGUGCUGAGUUAGCAUCGAGAAUGUAUAAUAGAAUGAUGGAUGUGGGUGUAGAGCCUGAUUGUGCAAGUGUGGUUUCAGUACUGCCAGCUUGUGGGCUUUUGAAAAAUGUGAAGCUUGGGAAAGAGGUUCAUUUGUUAGUUAAGGAAAAGGGUUUCUUGGAAAAUAUGACAGUCAGAAAUGCAUUGCUGGACAUGUAUUUUAAGUGUGGUCAUAUGAAAGAGGCAUGGAAAUUAGUGAAUGGGAUCAAGGAGAAGGAUGUGGUGGCAUGGACAACUUUGAUAAAUGGAUACAUGAUUAGUGGCGAUGCAAGAAGUGCUUUGGUUGUUUGUCCGAUGAUGCAGUGCGAAGGAGUGAAACCAAAUUCAGUAACUAUUACUUCUCUACUAUCAGCCUGUGGCAGUUUGGCUUCUUUGAAACAUGGCAAGUGCUUACACGCAUGGGCGAUAAAGCAUUGGCUUGAUUCAGAGGUUCAUGUGGAAACAUCCUUGAUUGACAUGUAUGCGAAAUGUGCCUGUGGCAAUCUAAGCUAUAAACUGUUCAUGAAAACCUCUAAAAAGAGAACACCCGUGUGGAAUGCGGUUCUAUCUGGGUUCAUACAGAAUGGCCUUGCAAGAGAAGCAAUAGAACUUUUUAAACAAAUGUUAGCGAAUGACAUACAACCUGACAAUGUAACCUUUAAUAGUGUGCUUCCUGCAUAUGCUAUUCUUGCCGACCUACAACAGGCAAUGAACAUGCAUUGUUACCUUGUAAAGUUGGGAUUUCUUUCCAGGCUUGAAGUAGCAAGUAUUCUAGUCGAUAUAUACUCGAAGUGUGGUAGUUUAGGAUAUGCUCACCAGGUUUUUAAUAUAAUUCCUAUGACAGAAAAGGAUAUUAUCAUUUGGAGUGGAAUAAUUUCUGCAUAUGGAAAACACGGGCAUGGUGAAAUGGCUGUUUCACUUUUCAAUCAAAUGGUACAGUCUGGAGUGAAACCGAAUCAAGUUACUUUCACCUCUGUUCUGCAUGCUUGCAGCCAUGCAGGUUUGGUUGAUGAGGGUUUGUCUUUGUUCAAGUUUAUUCUUAAACAACAUCAUGCUAUUCCCAAUGUUGAUCAUUAUACUUGCAUAAUUGAUCUUCUUGGUCGUGCUGGUCGACUCAAUGAUGCAUAUAGCCUUAUUAGAACAAUGCCUAUAACACCUAACCACGCUGCUUGGGGUGCACUACUUGGUGCUUGUGUGGUUCAUGAGAAUGUUGAACUGGGAGAGGUAGCUGCAAGGUGGGCUUUCGAGCUCGAGCCUGAAAACACUGGAAAUUAUGUAUUGUUGGCCAAACUUUAUGCUGCAGUGGGAAGGUGGAGAGAUGCAGAGAAGGUAAGAGAUAUGGUUAAUGAGGUGGGAUUAAGAAAACUACCAGCACACAGUUUAGUUGAGGUCAGAAAUUUGUGACUAACAUACUUGAAAAUUCUAUCAAAGCAUGAGCAUUACUGCUAUAGCUUCUGAAGACCCUAUAAAAGGUUUGAGGUCAUGUCCUUUCUAGAAUUGUGAAGUGCCGGGGGGGAAUUCAAUCCAUAUUAUAUGGGGUGAUCUUCAUGUUAAAGGUGUGUCCCUUUGACCUACUACAAGUACUCCCAUUGUCAUUAUGGGCAAUCCAGUACACAAGCAUCCCCACCGAAAGUGUCUAAUGUACUCGGUGUAACCUGAUAAUUAUAUCAGUGAUUGUUUUCACGGCUUGAAACUGUCACCUUGAGGUCACAGGGAGACAACUCAACCGUUCCUUGAAGGCUCCCCUUUGUCUCCCGCUAUCAUGAUGAAUUGUUGAAGCUUUUAUUCCCUUCUCACAAAGCAAGAUCUGGUAAUAUCAUGUUUUCCUUGUUAUAAAGAGCUAUAUAGUAUAUAGUAUGCAAAAGGUGUGACACUCUGGGUUCUGAAUUGAAUAUGGGAGAUGCAGCUAGACUAUUAUCAUUAGCUUAACUAUGUAAGAUUGUGAUUACUAAUUAAAAAUAGUAAUUAGGAGUACUUACUACUUAGUGUUCAAAUUCCGAUCAUUAACAAGCAUCAAUCUUGUUCUAAUGUAUGGAAAGGUAUCUGUCAGGUUUGGACAACUUUUGAGCAAAAUCUCAUUUGGAGACUGAGUGCGGGAACUCAGGUGAACAUGUGGACUGACCAUUGGAUACCUGCUGUGCAAAGACUAGCUGAUCUUAUCCCUGAAUUUCUUAUAGAAAAUCGGAUGGAGGACAAAGUGGUGGAAUAUGUGUCCGGCUCAAGCUGGAAUUUUAAUCUCCUUGAUAAUUUUCUAGAAGAAGAUUGGGUUUCUAUCUUGACUGUAAUUAAACCACUGGAGAGUGGUAUGGGAGAGGACCAAGUUGCUUGGUUACACUCAUAUAAUGGUUCCUUUACCAUUAAGUCAGCUUGUUCGAUUUAUCUAGAGGCUGAAGAUAACUCUGCAGCUUCGCUUUUCACAAAGGUCUGGAAAUUGCAAGCUCCACAGCGACUUCGUGCAUUUUGUUGGCUAGUAGCAAACAAUGCUCUUUUCACAAAUGAGCUUCGUUUUCGAAGAAGAAUGGCACCGGAUGAUCUUUGCUGUAUUUUGUGGUCUUUAUCAUGAAUCUGUGCUCCAUGUCCUCAGAGAUUGUAAAGUCGCGUACGAGACAUGGAAGAGCAUAGAUAAUUCAUUGAAUAUGGAUACUUCUUUCAGUAAGCCUCUUUACUCAUGGCUCCUGGAAAAUCUUUCGGCUCAAUCCCACCACCAAGGUGUUCCUUGGCCCCUGAUCUUUGCACAAUGAAUACCCUCUAGUUUCGGCAGAACAAGUUCAUCUUUGAGGUUGACCAGUGACCACUCUCUGCAAGGAGAUUCUAUUUGUUUAACAGCUUUACACUACCAUUUUGAACAAUCCGAGCUUUUUUUAUCCAGGAGUAGAGUUGGUUCCUUUUCUGAGAAACAAAUCAGAUGAAUGCCCUUUGCCUCGCCAUUCUUCAAAUUAAAUACUAAUGGCUCAGUCACAAAAGAAGGAAUUGCGGCUUGCGGUGGUAUCAUAAGGGAUCUUGAUGGUAAGUUUUUGGCAUGUUUCAGUGCUAAUUUGGGUACUUUCUCUGUUACUCAAUCACUAUGGAGAAUUCUUCUUGGAUUGGAUUUGGUUAUCAACCUUAGUAUUCUUAACCUAAGUAUAGGUGGAUUUAAAGGUUGAUGCAAAGCUCUGUCUGGGGAAUACUGCUGAUUUUCAUUCUGCUAAAUCUCUUGUUACUGCGAUUAAUUCCAGAUGUCACAGGUUUGCCGCUUGGGAAAUUCAUCAUGAAUUCAGGGAAGCAAACACUUGUGCUGAUCAACUGGCGGCAGAGAGUCAUAUUAGCAUGCCACUUUUUCUUUAGUUUACCUUUUGCUAUUUCUUCUUAUAUCAUGGCAGACGUCAUUGGUACUUCAUCUAGAGUUAUUUCUGUGUAGUUUUCUUGGACUUUAGCCACAUUUCUUAUAAAAAAUAAAUGUUAUUUACACAUACACAAUAGACAUUAUUUGGACUCGUGCAUUAGUAGGUAUUAACAUGUCCAUUAAUCUAUCAUUUUUAUUGAUUAAAUCUGAAGGUAAGAAUACAUUGGAAUGGUGAGAAUACAUUGGAAUGGUUCAUGUGCUGUCUUCUAGUUAACUU